AUGAGAGUCUCCAAAGUUCUAGUGGUGGUUGGCAUUACGGGGAACCAAGGCUCCUCUGUCGCAAACGCCUUUCUCAGUCUCGAUGGCUGGCAUAUCCGAGGCAUCACCCGAAACCUGUCUUCUCCCGCCGCCCAGCAAUGGAUUUCGAAGGGCGUCGAGCUUGUGAAAGCUGAUCUUGAUAAUAUUGCUUCCCUUGAGAAUGCCUUCCGCGGUGCCUCUGCUAUAUUUGCAGUCACAGACAUCUACAACCACUUCUUCAACGUUGCCAACAUCUCCAAAGCACUUGAAGUUGGAAUAUCCGUUAACGAAUACGCCUGCAAACUUGAGACGACGCAGGGCAUGAACAUAGCACUGGCUGCUAACUCUCCUGCUGUCUCUCCCACGCUUACGCACUUUGUCUACAGCAGUCUAAGCGAUACCAAACGCUGGUCGAAACGCAAAUACACUUGGAACUUCCACUUUGAUGGCAAGGCGUUAGUGGUGAAACGCAUUCUGGAAGAAUUGCCAGACCUUGCUGCCAAAUUGAGUACUGUUCAGGUCGGAAUGUACGCAAGCAACUGGAAGGGGGGUCUUGGGCGGCCUCAAAAGCAGGAAGACGGGUCAUUUGUUGUGCAAAUCCCUGAGGGGCCAGAAGUCAAGCUCCCAUGGAUCGUCGCGGAUCGAGACACUGGUGUUUACGUGAAAGCCUUGCUCGAGAAUAGCCCAGAAAAGCAUACUCUUGCAUACUCCGAGAUGGCCACAUGGCGUGAAUUCUGGACGCUGUGGGCUGAGGUUCAAAAUGUCAAGGUUGGAUUCAAAGUGGUUGCCUUGGACGAAUUUUUCAAAUCACUGCCGCCGAUUUUAUGGAGAGAAUUUCAGGAAUCUUUGAUGUAUAUCAUGGAGUUUGGGUAUACAGGUGGGGAUCCCGAGGUAUGCUGCACACUACAGGACUUAUCGCCCGAGGCUAAGACGACCAGUCUGAGGGAGUACAUGUGUAGUGAGAACUGGUCAAUUCUUGAGUCAUGUUAA